AUGUCGAGCAGCUACAAGCAGAAGAAGUUGAAGACGCUGUCUACGCGCAAGAAAACGCGUAAACGCCGCAUGGAGGAGGGUAUGACGUUUGAAGAUGACUCAGGUCGUUUGUUCCAGCCGCCGAGUACGCGCGACCCGCGAUGGAAAAAGCCGUCGAUUGAGUCUGUAGUGUCCGGCAUCACCAAGAGCAAAUGGCAAAAGAAAGCUGCAAAAAAACGACGUAAAGUUGCUGCCAACCAGGAUGAAGAUGCGGAGGAGCUGAGUGACGACGCCAAUGACUCCAUGUUUGAUCUGCCGAAGACGCCGCUGCAGCUGUGUAACUCGCUGGACGAUGCCGUGGCAAAAGCUGCUGCCAAGCACGCCGAGAUCCGUCGUAAAGAUGGUCGCCAGAAGACAAAAGUGCUGCUUCUGGUGGACGUGCGCUCACUUUUCAAGCUCAUGAAGAAGAAGAUGAGUAUUCGCCCUGAGAUGGUCAAGGCGAAGAGCAAAUUGGGCGUGAGUUCCAGUAAGAAGCCCGAGAUGGCGUUCAAAAACACGGGUUUGGUCAAGACGCCUCUGGACAGGUUUAAAGAUGUCAACAAGACUGUGCUUACAGGCUACAAAAGCGGCAAGCUGUCAUCUGUCUUAGCCGAAGACCUGUCCUUCUACCCAUACACCGAGUUUAAGGUGCAAGAAGUGAUCUUCGUGGCGAAGAACGCGGCGUCGGCCAUCAACCUGGAUCGCAACCUGCUGCGUAACGUUAAGCUGCACUCGUUCGUUAUCGACGACAAGAGCGCAUCGGGUGUGUCGGAGGACGAGCUCAAGGCGCUGCAAGCAGCCUAUGAAGUCUCCAACUUGUAG